CGGCGGUUUGUUUUUUUGGGGGCGGGGAGGCUGGAGAAGGAGGAGUCACUUGGACGUCUGCUGUGGUUGUGAUGGGAAAUGGCUUCAAGGGGGAAAACUGAGACUAGCAAGCUGAAACAGAACCUGGAAGAGCAGUUGGAUAGGCUAAUGCAGCAGCUGCAAGAUUUGGACGAAUGCAGAGAUGAAUUGGAUGCAGAUGAGUAUGAGGAGACCAAGAAGGAAACCCUGGAGCAGCUGAGUGAAUUCAAUGACUCUCUCAAGAAGAUCAUGUCUGGAAAUAUGACUCUGGUAGAUGAACUUAGUGGGAUGCAGCUGGCCAUCCAAGUAGCCAUCAGUCAAGCCUUUAAAACCCCAGAAGUCAUUCGAAUGUUCGCCAAGAAACAGCCUGGGCAGUUGCGGACAAAAUUGGCUGAGAUGGACAGAGAUCUGAUAGUUGGCAAGCUGGGGCGGGACCUUUACACCCAGCAGAAGGUAGAAAUCCUGGCUGCUCUCCGGAAGCUUGGAGAGAAGCUAACUCCUGAUGAUGAGGCUUUCCUUUCAACCAAUGCGGGAGCUACUCUGAGCCAAUUUGAAAGAGUCUCAAAUGACCUUGGGUCAGGAGACAAAGUCUUCGCUCUGGCUAGUUUGGAGGUAGAAAAAUCGAAACAGUGAAGGAUGCUUGGGAGAGCUGCUUCGAUUUCCUGCAGUCCAUUAUGUUAGGGUGUUUUUU